AUGACGGAGAGUUUUUAAAAAGUCAAAGCCUAUGGAUAAUUGCCAUCAGAUAGGUUUGGCCACACAAUGACAUAUAUUGCUAAAGGAAAAGCAAUAUUAAUUGGUGGCAAGGAGUGCUAAAUAUAAGAUACUACUAAUAGUACUGGGAUAUAUAGAUUUGCAGAAGACAUAUUCUCAUUUGAGAUGCUGACAAAAUAAUGGAAUAGUGUUAAAGGUAAUGAGAUAUAAAUUUUUAGUAUAGGGAACUGUGCCCAAGCCAAGAGCAGCGCAUGCAGCAGUGUCUAUUAAGAUGAAUUAAAUAGUAAUUUAUGGAGGAGAGACAGGAGGUACAAGUGUUGAAAAAUAAUGUUAGGUGGUAGUUUGGCAUCAGAUGAUUUAUACUUGUUAGAUUUGAGAUCAGCAGAUGAUAUUGGAGAGUGGAGUGUAGUACCAGUAGUUGGAAUUACUCCAGGAAGAAGGUAUGGACAUACACUAACAUUUACUAAACAAUUUUUGAUAAUAUUUGGAGGAAGUACAGGAAUGGAACCAAUUAAUGAUUGCUGUAUGAAUGAACGAUUUAGACAUUAGGGUGUAUUAAUGUUGAAAGGAAAUCUUUUGCUUGGGUGAAAAUAGAAUGCUAAUCUGAAUAACCGAUGGCAAGAGUUUAUCAUUCAGCCAGUGUUUGUACUAAUGAUAUUGCAAAUGAAACUAUUAUAAUAUUUGGAGGCCGUUCAAAGGAUUAGCAACCAAUGAAUGAUGCAUGGAAAUUGAAAAGGCACGCAGAUGGAAGAUGGGAUUGGAUCAAAGUUAUAUAUAAGCUUGAUAUAGAGUAACCAAAAGGUAGAUAUUAACAUACAAGUUUGUUUUUCUAUACCAUGCUAUUUAUAAUUGGAGGCAAGACGGGGAAUUUAAAUGAAAUGCUUACGAUAAAUGUUUUUGACACUGAAACUUCAGAAUGGUCUAAAUUCAAAAGUAUUUAGAGAUUCAAACAUGCUUCUUGGUUAGUUGAUACGAAUAUAUUUAUUUAUGGUGGGUUCGGCUUAAGCUCCCCUGACAUCCCUAAUGGUGCCAUUUCUAAAAUCAAUUUGAACAACUUAUUAUUGCCAAGCAAACCUUUAAGCAAUAAGUUUGCCUAAUAUUAAGAUGCAUUACAAAGUAUUCUUACAUCUUAAACGAGUCCUCGCUAAAGAGAUUCUUUUAGAACACAAAAUUAUUAAAUUAUUACUCAGAAGCCUUAUAUUUAAAAACAAGCUGAACAACCUUUUUUUAAUUUCAGUAAUUAUGCUAUUGUGGCAGAAGAACACAAUUACUAAAAAGCUCAUAAUAAAAAACCGAUGCCUCCUUAAAUUGUUCAACUUAACAAUAUUGCUGAUCUAUUCCUUAAUAGACUGCUAUAACCAAAAACCAUUAUAAACCUUUCAGAAAAUAAUAAAUUUUAAUUUAAAGCAUAGGAUAUCAUUUUGCUCUGUGAUUAAGCUGAAGCAAUUAUAAAAGAACAACCUAUUCUCUUAAAGUGCAAUGCUCCUAUUAAAAUUUUUGGGGAUAUUUAUGGACAAUAUUCAGAUUUGAUGAAGUUCUUUGAUUUAUGGGGGUCUCCUUUUUUAGAUGGUAAGGAUGGUGAUAUUGAAGCUUUUGACUAUAUUUUUUUAGGAAAUUUUGUUGAUCGAGGCAGCCACUCACUGGAAACUAUUUGCUUGCUAUUGGCUUUGAAAGUUAGAUAUCCAGAUUCUAUUCAUUUAAUUAGAGGCAAUCAUGAAGAUGAAUAGGUUAAUAGUUAAUUUGGUUUUUUGGAAGAAUGUGCUCGAAGAUUAGAUGAAGAUCCAAAUUCUGAUGAUUCUGCAUUUGCAAGAGUUAAUAGAUUAUUUGAAUGGCUACCUUUAGCCGCAAUUAUUGAAGGUAGAGUAUUCUGUGUACAUGGUGGUAUUGGAAGUUAAUUACAGUUUGCAAAAGAAAUUGAAAAUAUAAAGAGGCCUAUUGAGGUCAUACAUGAAAUCACAAAUUCUGAAUAAUAAAUGGUUAUUGAUAUUUUAUGGUCUGAUCCUACAGAUUCUGAUGCAGAUUUUGGAAUAUAACCAAACUUAUCCAGAGAUCCGAAUGGCGAUUUGAACCUUGUAAAAUUUGGUCCCGAUAGAGUCAUCAAUUUUCUGUUAAAAAAUUAUCUUUAACUUAUAAUUCGUUCUCAUGAAUGUGUCAUGGAUGGAUUCGAAAGAUUCGCAGGUAUUUAGUACUUCUAUAUAUAGGUGGUCAAUUAAUAACUGUAAGUAGUACUAUUGAUGAAUGUGGCAAACAUAAAAAUGCAGGAGCAAUUCUAGUUGUAAAAAAAAAUCUAGAAAUCGUUCCUAAACUAAUAGAUCCAAAACCAUAACAUUAUAAUAAUUGGAUUGUUAAUGAUGACUUACUAUAUGAUAGGUCUCCAAAACCACCUCAUUGGAAAAACUAAGGUCAAAAAAGUUGUUACAAAUGA